GCCGCGCAGCAAGCCCUGGUCUUGGUGCCGUCGUCGGACCCGCCGCGGGGGUCGGACCCGCCGCGGGGGCUGAGUGCCCCGGGACAUUGCAGAGAGAGAGAAGAGCACUCACUGGCUUUGACCUCCCUGGUGUCUGAGCAUAGCGAAACACAAUUCCUUCAAGAUGCCGAUGUCAAAGAAGCACAGGAGAAAAAGCUCUGAAACCAUCCAGGAACUUUCGGAGAAGGUCAAAGAGCAGCUGGCUGAGGCUGAGCUUCGGAAGCUGAGGCAGCAGUUCAGGAAGAUGGUUGAAAGUCGGAAGUCCUUUAACUUCCGCUCCGAGCAGAAGAUCUCGAACCAGCACAAGGAAAUCAAGGCCCUGCAAGGAGAGCAGGAAGAGAUCACUCUGCUUUUGGGUCUCAUCAAGUCCUCAAAGAACUUGGAUCUGAAUGAGAAGAACUACAUGGAGCUGUGUUUCCUGCGGCAGACCAAGGACGACUAUGAGGCCCUGAUUAAGUCAAUGAAAGUGCUGUUGGCAGAACUGGAUGAGAAGAUUGUUCAGAUGGAAAAAAAAAUUAUAAACCAAAAACAGAUCUUCACAAAGAUACGGGAAGCCAAUGACCCUCGGAAACUGCAGAAGCAGAUCCAUGUUCUGGAAGCCCGUUUGAAUCUUGUCACUGUGCACUUUGACAAGAUGCUGACCGCCAAUGCUAAGCUCCGGAAGGAGAUUGAGGACCUGCGGUACGAGAAGGCUGCUUACGACAAUGUGUACCAACAGCUCCAGCACUGCUUGUUGAUGCAGAAGAAAACCAUGAAUGUGGCCAUCGAGCAAUCUGCCCAGGCCUAUGAGCAGAGGCUGGGAGCCAUGGCGCGAAUGGCCGCCAUGAAGGACCGCCAGCAGAAGGACAUUUCUCAGUACAACCUGGAGAUCCGAGAGCUGGAGCGUGUCUAUGCCCACGAGACCAAGCUCAAGUCCUUCUUGCUUAUCAAGCUGAAUGACCGUCUGGAGUUCGAGGAGCAGGCCAAAAAGGAAGAAGCUCUCAAGGCAAAGAAGCACAGGAAGAAGAGCAUGGGUGACAGUUUCGAGAGCUUUGAGGUGGCCCACCUCCGGCUGCUGAAGCUGACCAAGGAUGGGAACCUGAAUCAGCUCAUUGAGGACUUUCUGGCCAAGGAGGAGAAGAACUUCGCUCGGUUCACAUAUGUCACAGAGCUCAACAAUGACAUGGAGACAAUGCACAAGAAGACCCAGAGAAUCCAGGAUGAGAUCAUCUCCUUGCGAUCCCAGCAGAAAUCAUCCCAUGAUGACAACCGCUCCGUCCUGAGAGAAAUGGAGGAGAAACUGAAGAAGACCACGGAGGAGGCAGAUAUGUAUGAGAACAGCUAUAAGGAAAUCAGCAAGACCUUGGAGUAUCUCAAGAACUCGGUGGAGAAUCUGUUUAAAAAGAUUAAUUGUGAUACCACCACAAUCCUGGGGCACUUGGGGGAGACGGGGAAAAUCACCGACAACAACCUUCCACAGUACCUUGCCAUCAUUGAGAAGAAGACCAAUGACCUGCUGCUGCUAGAGUCCUACAGGCGGAUCCUGGAGAUGGAAGGGGCAGAGACUGAGGUCCCGCCACCAUUUGUCAACCCUUUCUGGGGCGGCUCUGCCCUCCUCAAGCCUGCAGAACCCAUCAAGGUCAUCCCCCCAGUGUUUGGGGCUGACCCCUUUGGCGACAGGUUGGAUGAAGUGGAGCAGGCCCUGGACCACAGCAGCCUUCGGCAGCUGGUGCUCAGCAACUAUACUGCGAGAGAGUUUCAAAGCAGGGACUUAGACAGCAUACCGGAGAGGGGUGAUGAUCUGAGGCUCAAGAAGAAGUUAGUGAUCUGAGGCGGAUGGGGCUGCGUUUGUACCUUAA